GCACUACUGAAGCAAUGGACGGCGCAGCGGCUCACGGACACCUUGAGAUCGUUCGCUGGCUGCACGAAAACCGACUGAAGGCUGCACCUCCGCUGCAAUGGACCUUGCAUCUCGGAAUGGGCACUUGGAAGUAGUUCAAUGGCUGCACCACAACCGAUUGGAAGGAUGCACAACCGAAGCGAUGGAUGGCGCCGCAAGUGGUGGUCAUCUUGACAUUGUAAAGUGGCUACAUGACCACACAAGUGCAGGUUGCACGACGAACGCAAUGGAUGGGGCGGCAUCUAGUGGGCAUCUCGAUGUGGUCAGGUGGUUGCAUGAACAUCGGUCGGAAGGUUGCACCACUAGAGCCAUGGACGGAGCGGCUGCUUGUGGUGCUCUGGAUGUUGUCAAGUGGCUAAACCAAGGGCUGCACGACCGCUGCAAUGGACGAGGCGGCUCGACAUGGCCACAUCCGAGUAACUCGAUGGCUCCACGAGCAUCGGACCGAAGGCUGCACAACAGCAGCAAUGAAGAAUGCUGCAUCAGCUGGAGAGUUUGGAGUGUUUCUGCUUUUGCACAGGACGUUAAAGCUGGAUCUUACGGAAGAGGUGGCAAGCGGGGAGUUCUUAUUGACGGAUAUGCAAGAUUGGCUUGAUGAGAAUUUUCCUGCUGGGGAACCACAAGCGUAAAUCCUGCCUGGAAGUC